AUGUCAAGUCGUCUACAAAAUUUGCAAAAUUGGACAAAUAAAAAUGUGUUCAGUAAUUCGUUAGAUUAUUGGAAUCAAGAUUCUCAUGAGGUUCCUUCAUAUCAAAAUGCUCCGCCGGCUCAAGAAUCUUAUGGAUCAACAAUUGCACUUCAACCAAUUCAAGAGUCGCCUGAUUCACCAAAAGAUCCAGCAAGAGAAUCGGGAGGAAAUGAAGAAGUUGAUCCAGAAGCAUCGGAUUCUGAACCGAUUUCUGGUAGGGGAUUUUGAAUUUUUAGAGGGAAAAAGAAAGACUUGGAAUAUUUAAAAUUGAAUUUUGAAGAAAGAACUACAGUAGUACUUUAGGUGUUCGGAACUAUUUUAUUUCUAAUUUCAAAAAAAUUUGGAAGUUCAAAUAAUUCUCAAAAACUUGUUCUAAUCUGAACUUUCCUGUUUUCUGGUUCACAAACAAUUCUGGAAUUUUUUUAUAAUCAGACCACAGCUAAAGCCACCAGAAUAUCACAUAAACUUCAGUUUUCCAUUUUCAAGCUCUAAUUUCAAUAUGAAAAUAAUUUAGAAUUUUUCGAUCAUUUUUUGAGUCUUGAACAAUUCUGGAAUCUCUAUAUUUUGAAGCUCAACUUUCUUAAUUUUUAGAAUUUUGGAUUUCCCCAAAACAAUUAAAAUUUCCAAUGAAAAUUUCAGCUCUCCAAGCCGCUUGGAAUGUGACAAAUGCAAUUCAAGGAAUGUUUAUUGUUGGUCUUCCAAUUGCAGUCAAAGUUGGUGGUUGGUGGUCGAUUGGUGCAAUGAUUGGUGUCGCUUAUAUUUGUUAUUGGACUGGUGUUUUAUUAAUCGAAUGUCUUUAUGAAACUACAGAUGAUUCGAAAAUCGUAAAAGUUCGAAAAACUUAUCGAGAAAUUGCUGAUUUUUAUAAACCUGGAUUUGGUAAAUGGGUUUUAGCAGCACAAUUGACUGAAUUAUUGUCAACUUGUAUUAUUUACCUAGUUCUGGCUGCUGAUUUAUUGCAGGUAUUUUUAGGUUUUUUUCUGAUUAUUUUCUGAAAUAUCAAAUUCCAGAGUUGUUUUCCAUCAAUGGAUAAAGCUGGUUGGAUGAUGAUUGUCUCUGCUUUUUUGCUUUCUUGCUCAUUUUUAGAUGAUCUACAAAUUGUCUCACGUCUCUCAUUUUUCAAUGCUAUUUCGCAUUUGAUUGUCAAUCUCAUCAUGAUGAUUUAUUGCAUCUCUUAUAUACCGUAGGUCAUUUUGUUGAGAAUGGGGAAAUCAUUGUGUUUCAGAUCUUGGUCAUUUUCUUCUGUCACUUUUUCAUUGAAUAUAAAUACGCUUCCAACAAUUAUUGGAAUGGUUGUUUUUGGGUAUACUUCACAUAUUUUUUUGCCGAAUUUGGAAGGAAAUAUGAAGGUUUGUGGAAAAACAAGGGUUACUGUAGAUAAAAAAGUUUGAAAAGAGAUUGGGAUACUGUAGUCUCAAUGGAAUUAAACAAGUUUGAGUUUGAAUAGAAUAUUUUUGGAAUUUUUUUGAAAAGCUGUGGAAUAAUUUUUUACAAAGUGAUAAUUAACGAAAAUCAAGGAAAAAUUUUUGAGAAAAAAUUUAAGAAUGAAAAUUCUACCAUACAUGAAAAUUCUAAUUUUUAGGAAAAAUAAAUUCUGAAUAAAAAUUUCCCUCGGCUUUUCCAACAAAAAAAAAUCAUUGAAAUGUUCGAAUCCUAAUUUCCUAAACAAAUUUCCCACUAUUUUCAGUCCCCCUCCGAAUUCAAUUGGAUGUUAAAAUGGUCGCACAUCGCAGCUGCAAUUUUCAAAGUUUCCUUCGGUCUUUUCGGAUUCCUAACAUUCGGCGAAUUAACCCAACAAGAAAUAUCAAAUUCUCUUCCAAAUCAAGCUUUCAAAAUUCUCGUAAACCUGAUUUUAGUCGUCAAAGCUCUUUUGAGUUAUCCCCUUCCAUUUUAUGCAGCUGUUCAACUCUUCAAAAAUAAUCUCUUUCUCGGAUAUCCAAAGACACCAUUCACAAGUUGUUAUUCUCCUGAUAAAUCACUUCGAGAAUGGGCUUUGACUCUUCGAAUCAUUUUGGUUUUAUUCACUCUUUUCAUUGCGUUAUCAGUCCCAUAUUUGAUCGAAUUAAUGGGUUUAAUUGGAAAUAUUACAGGUACAUUUGAAGGUUUCUUUAUCAUAAUUUAAAUAAACAUAUUCAGGAACAAUGUUAUCAUUCAUUUGGCCAGCUUUAUUCCAUCUUCAUAUAAAAGGAGCAAAAUUGGUCAACAUUGAUAAACGGUUCGAUCAAUUUAUAAUUGGAAUGGGAUGCACUGUGUGUAUAUCUGGUGUUUAUUUCUCAACAAUGGAAUUAGUUCGUGCAAUCAAUGCUGCUGAGAGCUAA